AUGUUGUCAGAAGGAUAUCUCUGCAGAAUUGGCUAUCUCUCAAAUUACAGGUUCUGCAGCAAGCAAGGAGAAGAGUCUGUACAUGAGAUGAGGUCUUUAAAUGGUGUCACAUAUGAAUCAACAGGCGAAACAUCUGGUAGAAAUCUCUUUUGGAGGUGUAGGUCAGUUGGCAAGUUGAUCUACUCUGUCUGUUCCAGAGACAACAGAAACAGUAGAAGGCAAAAGGAGACCCUGGCACAAACUACGCAAAAGACAGCAUUUGAAAGGCAAGCCUCAGCAGCUGUGGAUAUCGGCAUCGGCUCUGCCAUAAGCAGAGAUACAUACCUGGUCCCAUCUUCUUGCAAAAGCAUUUGCAAGAAUUACAAUGACCUGCAUAUUGCUGGUGGUCAGGUGCUGCCUAUGAGUUCAGUGAAAAGAGAUUUUACUUAUGACAGUGGAAUAGGCCCAUUCCUGGAAUCAUCAGAGAUACCACCACCAAUGGAAUCUAUAUCAAUGCCACCUGCUGAGGUCCCUCGCAAGCCAACUCAAGGGUAUUCGUCCUGCUGGCGAGUGGCCAGCAUUAUGCAACAUCAGCAGCCCCUCUCUAAUUCAAUACUGAAUAACUACCUGGAAGAAAAGGUGGUGGAGCUGUACAAGCAGUAUAUCAUGGAUGGCAUGGGCAACAGUGCAUCCCCCACUCAGCUCUUGGCAUCAGAGUUCAUCAUGACCAACGUAGAUCAAAUCAGCAUGAAGCUAUCACAAGAGAGGAACAUGAAGACGACCAAAGCCAAAGAUAUGGUGAUUAACUGCCUGCUGCGACUAGCCAGUGGGAAAGUCUCCACUGAAAUGAGCACUCCUAGUCUCCACAUUUCCCAGAUGAGCACUGUGACCAAAUAA